GGUCUGCGUGUGCGUGCGUGCGUGAAGUGCGUGUGUGCGAGUGUGUGUGUAUGUGUAUGUGUGUGCGAGUGUGAGUGUGCCGGGCCGCUGCUAGGCUCCCUGGGCAUCUCGCCGCCGCCCGCCCUGUACCAGUUCACCGCGACCCUUCACCGCUUUCCGUCUGUGUCCCUUUAAAAAAUUUUUUUUAACAAUAUAUUAUUCCAUGUCAUCUUUAUUUUAAUCUCCUUGGGUCACCAAAACUGGUGCAGCUGGAAGCAGCCGCCUCCACCCCCUCUCCCGCCCCCGCCCCUCCCCCCAAAUCCGAGGAAUAUGGCGAAAGUGGAGCAGGUUCUGAGCCUAGAGCCGCAGCACGAGCUCAAAUUCAAAGGCCCCUUCACAGAUGUUGUUACCACCAACCUGAAGCUUGGCAACCCUUCUGACCGAAAUGUAUGUUUUAAAGUGAAGACUACUGCACCCCGCCGGUACUGUGUGAGACCCAAUAGUGGAAUUAUUGAUGCGGGAACAUCAAUCAAUGUGUCUGUGAUGCUACAGCCUUUCGAUUAUGAUCCUAACGAGAAAAGUAAACACAAGUUUAUGGUUCAAUCUAUGUUUGCUCCGACUGACACCUCAGAUAUGGAAGCAGUAUGGAAGGAGGCAAAACCAGAAGAUCUUAUGGAUUCAAAACUUAGGUGUGUGUUUGAAUUGCCAGCAGAGAAUGAUAAACCGCAUGAUGUAGAAAUAAAUAAAAUUAUGUCCACAACGGCAACAAAGACAGAAUCAUCUGUUAUGUCUAAAUCUGUAAGUUCUUCUUUGGAUGAUACUGAAGCUAAGAAAGUAAUGGAAGAAUGUAAAAGGCUGCAAGUAGAAGUUCAGAGGUUACAGGAGGAAAACAAACAAUUUAAGGAAGAAGAUGGGCUGCGGAUGAGGAAGACACUGCCGAGCAACAGCCCAGCUUCUGCCUCAGCCACCAUCGUGAAGGAAGAAGGGCUUAGUACCCGACUUUUGGCUCUGGUUGUUUUGUUCUUCAUCGUUGGUGUAAUUAUAGGGAAAAUCGCCUUAUAGAGGCAGCAUGCAAAGGCUGGUAAUUGGAUUGAUGGAUCUGCCAUAUCAUGGGAUUUAAACUUAUUCAUAACAAAGAAAUUAAUGUUUGACAUCUCACAGGUCUUGCCUUUAAAUUACCCCCCCCCCCCGCACAAAUAUAACAUAACAUAAUCUAGAAAGUUUGAAACGUACAGUGAGUAAUCGGGGCAAAAACCAAAUGCAAAAAGAAUGAUCUUUACUAGAUGACAAGGAAAAUCAUGGUUAAUACUCAAAUGAUAAGUUGUAAAUGCAAUUUUAAAUAUUUUUAGACCUUGGUACAUGUUGCUGGAUUACCUCUUUUAAAAUGAGAAACUGGUUCCUUAACUGCUAGAGCUCCCCCCUUCUGAUAGUGGGAACCAGAGCUAAGCAGGAAGGGGCAGGAAUCUCUGUAAAAUAUAUCAAUCCACCAUACAUACUGCUCAUAAACUUAAAAGUUUGUCCAUGUCUUCAGUUCUGUGCAAGUUACCAGUUAUUUUUUGGGAACUUAAGUGAAUUGAGUCAGAAGCUGAAAAGAAUUAAGUGACAGCCUUGAAUGUGCUAGUCACCAAUAUGAGGCAUAUAUCGAUUAAUAGUACACAACAUUUUAGGAGAAAGGUCCUUGCCUUGUUCUCUUAAAGGGACCAAGCUAAACUGCUGUUGGUUCGUUUAGUUGAAUUAAACUGUUAUUCAGAGAUGUUUAAUGCCUAUUUAACUUAUUUAAUGUAUUUCAUCUCAUGUUUCCUUAUUGUCACAGGUUAUGACUAAUGCUAUGGUAUAGAAAUCACCACUCUAAGGCUGGUGGGUUGACCUGUCAUUGCUGCUGGAGAGCUAUGGGAUCCUUCUGUCUCCUACUGGUUUUUUUUUUGGGGGGGGGCACUACAUAAAUGGACUUUUGACUUAUUUGAACAUUGGAAAACAACGGUCAGGAAAUGUUUUUCUAUGUAAAUAAAUAACAUCUAUCUUGGGGAAGGGAGGGAAAUUAUACCAGUAGUAAUAAUAGUCAACUCUUGAUUACCCUGCUGAUGGAGGGAGUAGCCAUAGUGCAGAUAACCUUUAAAAAAAUGUCAUUUUAAUGUCACUCUUGAAUUCAUCUGAUUUCACCUUUCCUCACUGUGCUUGGCCUCAGUCCCUCUCUCUCUCCCCUACCCCCAAUUUGGCCCAUAAUUGGAGUAGCAACAUGGAAAGUUAUCCCAGUAGUAUGGAGGGGGCAGUAUUCUAGAAGUAGCUAGGGGAGAUAGUCCUGGAGCCAACUGGGAGGCAGGAGAGAGGAGACCCACCCCAAAUGAGGGGCUGGUGGUCAGGGGAAACCUUCCCCCAACUAACUCACAAAGCAGAUAAUUGAGAGUUGACUGUAAAUUAGUUCUGUGCUGUAAAUGACCAAUCUUGUUGGACUAUGUAGCAUCUUUAAAAGAAAAAAAAAUUAAAUAAAGCCCCAAAAUGAAGAUUUCUUUUGUUAUUUUGUCACACAUGUGCAAGAGAAAAGCUAAUUAAAAACAACAGGCACUAUCUGUGUUUCAUAAUGCUUCUAAUUUAGCAAUGUCUUUUUAGAUCCUUUUGGUCUUAACUGAAAGGACUACACAUGAAACUGCUAACAUUUUAAGUGGCUUGUUAAAGAUGGGAAUCUUUAAGGCCUGUUGCCCCCCGUUCAGAUCUAGAAUUUUUUUAAUUACUGUAUUUCCAGAGAAGGAAACCUUAGAUCUUAAGUGAAACAGCUGAAAUAAUUAAGAAGUGAAAUUAGGCUCUGUUGACUGAUCAUGGACUGGACUGUGUAUGAAUUUAGCUGUUAGGAAAGAAGAUAAGAAGAGUAAAGAUGGACUAGUUCAACUAAGAAACUUAGCAUGACCCAGGUAUUUUAGGUGCUUCCCAGAACAGGAUCUUCCUUGAAGGAAGGGUGCCAGUUCAGCAAGCCACUCCCCAUGAGCUCCCUCCUUGUGCACCAAGAGCCCCUGUGGUGAACAGAGCUGUAAACUUGAACAUAUCAGCCUAUGAGGCGCUGUGUAAGCUGGCCUCCAGCGUUGCUAUAGAAGGAGGGACCAAGCACUAAAACACAGGGUGUCUCAAAGCCUUAGCAAAGGUUUAGGUCUGAAUAGCUUAAUGAAGUUUCAAGUUGAAAUACCUUAAAACUUCACUAAGACUUUUGGGAUACCCUGUAAUGAUGUGAGUGCGCAAAGCCGCGUCUUUAAAUUGGGUUAAACAAAGUAAAAGAUAUCCACAAUAGUUGUUAAAAUUUGUGUGUGUAUGUGUUUUCACAACUUCUAGGUAGGGCCUCAUACAACUAAGACAAGGAUAUAUUUCUUGAGUUGGGAUUUUAAGAUUCUCCUGGCCCUUUGUCAUACACCCUUUUUUCUGCGUAAACUUUAAGAAAGGGAGUACUGUCCCAAUAAACUUAUAAGGAGGAUGGUGAAUGAGGUUUUAUUUGGGGGGGAGGGGGUAGUAAAAGUCACUGAGUUCCAGAGUUUCUAAAAUUCCAACCUAUUUAUGGAGAAUUUGCCCCCAUUUUGUAGAAGACUGUGUUUUUAUUAAAAUUUAAAUGCAAAAACGUCAAUUCCUUCUCCUGCCAGCCUAUGAACACUUUUCUCUUAUUUGUUGGCUAGGGUUCUAUUCUGUGUUUGUAUUUGUGAGUUGAGAGAGAAGUUGGUUUUCUGUCUUUUAUUAUCAGUACAGAGUAUAAAAUUCAGGGCCUUAGAGCAGCCAAAGAACAUGCCAGAGAGAGGCAUAAUAGGCUUCCUAGAGCAUCAGUGUUUCUGGUAUCUUAUCAGCCAUGAUGGGUGUGGGAAAGGGAGGGAAUGGGCAUGGGGAGAGGUAGAUACAGGAGGUGGGAAGAGAGGUGAUUUUGACAAGGGCUAGUUCUAAACAGUGAAGGGAGAAGUGAAGCCAUUAAAAUAAAGCUAGGAGUGGAAGAGAAGGACCAGUGAGCAAGGAUAACCUCUAGUGAGUGUGAUGAUUUGGAAGUGAGUAGGUAAGAGAUUGGAGGGAUAGGAUUAUCUUCUGUUCUUAAAUUACAAACCACUACUCAGGUCUCUGCCCUUGCCCUCUAAAUCUAGCCCCCAGUGAAGGCCAUCUCAAUAAAGAAGAUGCAGGAAGCCAUGAGUAGUCAUCAGGUUUCAUAAAAUUUUAUCAAGCAUAUUUUUAAAUUGAGAAUUUAAGCUCCCUUGGAACCUCAGCCAUGGGGAUUAUAGUGGCAUCCUAAAUGCAGUUUAAAAAAAAACAACAACCCAUCAUCAUUUAUAUCCCCUAGUGCUUCACAUAUGGUAGAUUCCUAGUAAAUAUUUUUUAAAAUUGAAGUUUUAGGCCAAAGUCACCUUUAAUGAUUCUUUCUGACCUGCAUGGUUUUUUUUCCCCUCCCUGAUCUAUGAAAUUGCUUGCAUUGGCAGUAAUGAGUACUGAUAAAAAUCACAGUAGAUUUUACUGGUUGACAGUUGAUACCUUCAGUGAGAGGCUCAUACCUACAGAAAGGAAGGGGAGGGGAAAGAAAAACCUCCAGCAAUCCAUGAAAACCAAAAUGUUUUCAAAUAAAUAGCAAAAGCAAAAUUGCCUUCUAAAGGCAACAGAGCAAAAGUAUUGGCUGUUAUUGGCACCCACCUGAAUGCAGUGGUCACUCAAAGCUAACUCACCUUCAAGUGAACUUGGGAACAAGCUAUGGCACAAGGAAAAAUUGUAAAAAUUUGGCAAUAUAUUAAAGAACACCUAGCAUGUGGGAACCUAGAUUGUAACAUGUCACUAACUUCAAUCAACAAACUAUUGUCACAGGAAAGAUUUAACUGAUACCUGCUUGAUUUGUAGUGCAAUAAUUCUGUCUACUACACUACCCUGCAUUGUAACAUAUGUACCAUUUUCAAUAGUUUGACAUUUUUCAAAAUGGCAACUAGUUUUGGGCACAUAGAAAUCCUCCCAUUUGUGUGCUCAGUGUGGGAUAAAUGUCUACCCUAACAUUUAAUCAUUUAAUUGACAUUUACCUAUUGAAUUAAUAUUUGAUUAUUAAAUUAUCUCUUAAUUCCAGGGUCUCUUCUGAAAGUUGGCCUACAUAAUUGUUCUGGCUUGUUUUUAAAAUCUUGUUUGUGAAUUGCUUGGUUUAAAAAGUAAAAAUAGGUAUGUGCCCUUCAAGGAAAAUUUGAGCCCUCUCCUAAUACUGAUCUUAUGGGCCAGUGAAAGGAAGCUAUCACUUGCACAUACUGGAAACAGAAAAUUCUUAGUGGGUAUCUAGCUGCUGGGAUUUUGUGUACUGAAAAUAUGAAAUUUAAAGCUGGAUCAUCUAGUCUGUUUCCUCACUUUACAAAAUGAGGCAACUGAGUCCCCCAGUGAGGGUAAGGAACUUGCCUAAGGAUAUAUGUACAGUAGUAGUGAAGCCAGAAUUUUCCCAUCCACUUCCUCAGACUCCAAACCUAGUGAUUUUUCCACUACAUAGCACUGCCCUAUGUCUCUCACUCAGGCCGGGAUGUUGAUCAGCCUCUCAGGGCUAAAGAAAGAAGAAUGGGAAAGAUUUUGGAUGACAUAACCUUGCAGUUACAACAACUGUUGGAAAAACUUUGUUUCCUAAGAUAACCAGAAAUGGAGUUGUAUUGAGAGAGUCUCUGUUCUUUCUACCUAAAUCUGAUAAGAUCUGCAAUUAACUUUUCAGAUUUUAAAGGCAUAUUCUCCGAAUACGUGAUUCCUGUUUUCCUCAGAGUUCAUAUAAGCCUGAUUAGAUUUGGGGGGAGGGGGAAGGCCUUUUAUUUUUCUUUAAAAAGAACCCCUACUUUAUUACUUACUAAGAAUUAAAGUAAUAUUCCUAUAAUUAAAUUAAACCUGAAAUGUAAGUUCUACAAAUUUGUCUUCAAAAUCCAUAAAAGGAACAAAGUUGAAAAAUCCAGGGGUUGUGAACCUCUGAAUAAAGUUGAAUAUUAUUGUUUAGUAGCUAUUAGGAGUAGGACUUCAUCUAAACUUCCUUUGUAUGCAGUGUUAGAGAUGCUUGUACUUCAUACUUAUUUAUGUUUCUGGGACAGGUGUACAGAGUUAUAAGGGCAUGAGCAUCAGUGCGGGCUUUUGUAUUGAUUAGUUUCUCUUCAUCUUAGAUUUAGUUAUUUUUCAUAUGAAUGAAAUAGUCAGAAAUAUAAUUCAAAAGCCUUUCGUGUCUGAAGUAGAAUGGUAGAAUUAUGCUGUCUAAACUUUCUUCAUAUCUGAAAGCCUUCAGGACUCCUUGGGAUUGAAUUUGGAAGUCUUUUAUAAAGAAAAUUAUCAGUUUGGCUCAGUAUAGUGACUUAAGCUGCACUGUGGAUAAGCUAGCACAUAUACACUCUAACUUGUGUGUGAAGUUACAGCCAUUCAUGAAAAUGCAUAUUUUUAGACUUUUUGCUGUUAACAUCACUUACUGAAGUGGCAGCACAGAUUUUGUGUCAAAAUGUAGCUAUGACUAUGGGUAUUUUAUACCUCUCCCUAAAUUGAUACUGCAUUUCUAGGAGAGACAGUGAUGGAGCUAGAUAUGGUGAGCUUAAUAGUGGGAAAAUGGGGGUGGGGGAGGCAGAUAUCAACUAAGGAGGUAGAUUGGGUAUCUGAGAAACACAUCUAGCAUUACAUUUUUUAAAUGUCUACCCAUUAACACUUUACCCAUGUGUUUCCACUCUCAAUAAUAUUAGAAAAAAAUGUAGAACUGCCUGCAUUUCUCCAUAUGACAGUAGCUUUUUCAACUUUGUUUCCUUUAUGGAUUUUGAAGACAAAUCUGUAGAACUUAUGUUUCGGGUUUAGUUUACACUCAUUACAGGGAUAUUAUUUUAAUUCUUGGUUUAUUAUAAUAGUUCAUUGUGGAAUCAGGUUCCCAUAUGAGUAAUUUAAUUAAUUUGGACUUUUUUUUUUAGUAAAACCAAUUUAUUGGAAAAUGUUUGCAUUACUUCUAUAUUUAGGCAUUUUGGUAAAACAAAAUAUAGCUAUUAUCUAACUUGCCAUAAAUGUUUGCAGUUAUAAUCCCUGGAAUGUUUCUAUGGUAUACAAUGACCUGAUUAAAACAUAAUGGUGGAAUAAAAUGGCACCCAGGAUAAUAAUCUGUUGCUGCUAGACAAAUGCCAUUUUUUAAACCGGGAAACAAUGAUACUGUGACAAUGUCUUAUUACAGUUGCUUUAUUAUACCAAAGGGUUGACAUGUAUUUAAUCAUUGCCUAAUGGAUGUUGGUGUUGGACUGAUGCUAUCAUUAGCUCAAACCCUGCUUUGAUUAUUGACAAGCAUUCAGACUAGGGAGCGGCCCAACACCUAUGCUGAUCUCCUUCUAGGCCAAAAGCAUGGGUCAUAGAGAAAACUCGGAGCAUGCUGUUUCUCCCCAAGAGGAAACAAAAUUUCCAUUGUGUUUCCUUUCAACUAUCAUCUGUAUGGAUAGGCAAGGCAGAGAGAGAUAUAACUAUUACUUAUUCAUAAUUAAUAAGGCUUGUUACUUAAGAAAGUGAUAAAUUGCUGUGCAUGUUUCCUACACCAACCCUAGUUUCUUUUGUUGUUGUUUAACUGCCUGCAUUUUUAGGGCGUUGUUUUUAGAAGUAAAUUAAAUUCAGCUGUUACUCCUCUGGAAUUCAACAUCUCCACCCUACCCUGCCCCUAUCAUGGGGGGGGGGGAGGGAGUGUAUUGUUUGACUGAUUCCAGUCAGAAUUUGCUUGCCAAUAAUACUGAGACCAUUAGUACAGGGGCUGCUUCUUUCCAAAGCACUAUCAGACUUCUCAUAAAUAAGAGUCUUAAAAGAGCCUCACGUGUGUAUUUGCAAUGUUCACAUACAGAUACUAGAAGAGAGAAUACAUGUUUUCAUUCCUGUUGCUAGCAUUUUGCCUUUAUAUGUUAUAGGAACUCUCUUCUCCAUAAAUGAGAGGCAGUGUGGUGCAGUGGAAAGAGUGAUUGGAUUUGGAAUCAGAAGACUUGGGUUCAAAUCCCAACUCUGCUACUAUGUGACCUUGAACAAGUCCCUUACUUAACCUCUCUGGCCCUCAGCUGGCUCACCUAUAAACAGGGAGUGGAACUAGAUCACCUCUGAGAUUCUUCCCAGCCCUGCAUCUAGGAUCUGAUGUUACUGCUUGAAACAUCUUACCAGAAACCCAAAAGGAUCUGUUGAAAUGCUCUUCCCCCUUUGUAAGUGACUGAAGAGAUUUUCUAAAAAUCAGAUUAAUCUCUGGCGUGCUUUCCACACUUCUUCUUGAUAAUUCCUACAGUUCUUAAUGUGUAUUUGAUUCUAAUUUCUAGUAGUGAGAUUCUACCUGUACCUUUAUUAAACAGAUGUAGUAAAAAAAAAAACUUCAUUCCAUUUUUCUUGUGUAUUAUAUUUUCUGUUUUGGCAUUAAUUUUAAAAGCUGAUGCAGGGAGAACACUUCCCAUUGUGUAUUUUUGUUUUCUGACAUGUAAUAAGUUUAUAUAGUUAUGUAGUAAUUAUAUACUCUUGAGGAGAAGGCUGACUACUGCUAUAGUUUAAACAAGUUCUUUACAUCAUGUAUUCACAUGGUCUGUAUCAGUCAGGCAGCACAUGCCAGGCCAAAGUGUCCACUUUUGUAUCAUUUGGCUCAGUAUUAUGUUUAAUAAAUUCUGUGCUCUGGACAUAUUUAA